AGGCGUUGGAGUGGGGGCAUCAGGGCGAGGCAAAACCUCAGAGCGCAUGCGCUGGAGAGAAGGUGCUACCAACGUCAAUACACAGUGACACUCGUGCAUUUCAAUAUUGUCACAUUUUGUGAUCUCUCAAUCAAACGGUCCAUUGUUAAAUCUAGCAAAUGUGAUUUUGUGAGCUAGGAAAGAUGAUGAUAAUUGAAAGAACAUACUACAUCAUAAUCUUACUACGACAGAAACUAAUGUUAUAAUAUUAUUUUUGGGUCUGUACCAUUGGUUGUUCUGUUCCUCUGUGAUUCAUAUUUGUUUUCGUAAUGGCUGCCUACGUAGUAACCUUAUCGUUCGAGUACUUGUUAUAAAAAGCUUCGUAAUUGUGUACCCAACGGUCAUUCCAGUUCUUCCAGUUGUUUCAAGAGUAAUAGAAUAUUCUAGUGUAAUUGGAAAAUUUGUGAAACUUGUGUCGCCAUGGAUCUGAAGGCUGUGACACAUGUUGAUGGCUAUGAAGAGUUUGUAAAAACUGUGGCCGAAUUAGAAAAUAAUAAUAAACCAAUUUUUAUACUCUUUAGCGGCUCUUUAGAUGAGAGUGGAGAGAACUGGUGUCCUGAUUGUAGAGAAGCUGAACCUGUUAUUCAAGAAGCUCUUGCAUCAUUACCUGAGAAUGCUCAAUUUCUUCAUGUUGGUGUAGGACCCAGAGAUGAAUGGAGAGACCAAAAUAAUCCUUUCAGAAAACAAUGUAAUUUGAAAUUAAAAUGUGUUCCAACACUUAUGCGAUGGAAGGCACCAGAACGGUUAGAAGAGGCUGAAUGCAAAAAAAUUGACUUGGUGAAAAUGCUUUUUGAAGAAGAGGAUUGAAGAAUCUUUAAAAAGUUUUUACUGUAUUCUUCCUCAAAUGACAAUACUGUGUGACAUGUGCAUAUCAUUAGAGUUAAAUUCCAACCAAGAUUUUCAUUCCUGAAGUAAAAUGUUAUCUCGUGAAUGUACAUUGUUGAAAAGAUUCCUGCUAUAUCUGCAUUACAGGAAUCUGAGCUUGUGUAAUUUUGAAAAAAUGUGUAUUAAAAUUAUUUUUGCCAUUUUCAUUCUUUUGUAUUCCUGCAUGAACAUAUUGUAAAUAAAAUGCAUUAUUGCAUUUUUUUUAUAAAAAAUCAUGUUUUGUGGAAAUUUAACAUUUGAAGAAAUUUCGUAAAUUGUAAAAUAAUAAUUUAUUAAUUUUCAAUGUCAAUGUGUCUUCAAAAUGUGAGUAGGCUGUGAUCCCAUAAAUAACAUUAAGUUAUUUUUAUUGAAGCCAUAUAUAUCUACUCAUUUUGAUGGCUGCCACCUAGCUGUAACCUCCAUGUUUUGCCUUUGACCAUUUGUGAACAUUCAUGGGAGAUCCACGUUGCUUGAGCAAGACCCACUGAGGAUGGGAAAAGUGUUUCCCGAAAGUUAACUAUGGAAAAUUGUUAAUAAAAUUAUUAAAACUUUUGUGGAGAUUAUUUCCUUUACUAUAUCAUUUUGAUAUGUUAGGAAUAAAGGUAAUGUACAUUUUAUACUCUAAAGUAAUCUGAAAAUUUCUAUCAAUAGUCUUGCACACGUUUUAUUCACGUGCUCAACAUAUACACAGAAAAUCAGGGCGAGUGAGAAUUAGGUCUGUGAAUAAGAAUUUUGUUCUCAAAUGUGUAAUACAUAAAGAAAUGGAAUUCACAAUAAG